GUCCUUCGCAAAGCCUCCCAAGCAGGUCCAGACAGUCUGCGAAUGUAUCCUCAUCAUGCGUGGCUACAAGGAGCUCAACUGGAAGACGGCCAAAGGGAUGAUGUCAGAGGCCAACUUCUUGCGUUCCCUCAUGGAGAUCGACUUCGAUUCGAUCACACAGACCCAAGUGAAAUCCGUCCGAGGGUUGCUGAAGACUUUAAACACAACCUUUGAGGAAAUGGAAGUGGUCAGCCGGGCUGGCUUGGGGAUGCUGAAGUUUGUGGACGCUGUCAUGAGUUACUGUGAUGUGGCCAAAGACGUCAAACCCAAGAGAGAAAAGGUGGCCAGACUGGAACGGAAUUUCUUCUUGAGCAAACGGGAACUGGAGAAGAUCCAGGCGGAGCUGUUGGCCAUCCAGAACGAGCUGAAAGCCCUGGGAAACAAGUACGAGGCAGCCAUCAGGGAGAAGCAGCAGCUCCAGGAGGAAGCGGAGCUCAUGGAACGCCGGCUGAUUGCCGCAGACAAGCUGAUCUCCGGCUUGGGAUCGGAAAAUAUCAG